AAAUAGUAUUUACUCAAGUUUAUAAUGUCUGCUGCAAGUGAAGUGCACGUUUCUGAAGUUGACGUGAUUACUGGAGAAAAUUCUCGUGAUGUCGUGGUUGAUUCUCUUAUCGAUAUCGUCGUAGAACAGAGUGACAUCUCCAUAAAAGAUUCGAAGGCACAGGUUGAUAAGACCCAAGAAAUAAAUGAACCUUCUGGAGAAACGAUUGAGAACUCGAACAAUACGAGUAAUUCACCUCCAAGCCUCGAUCAUCCACCGAUAGACACGAAUAUUUUAUUUGUGAAUUCUGAUUCUGUUGCCGAUACCAUUGGAGUAAUGAACGAUAUCGCUACAAAAAAAUCGGAGAAUUAUGAAAAACCGGCUGAGUUUUCCAAUAAUGCGAGCCCUUCACCUUCUGGUCUUGAUAAUCCGAUCUACGGAAUUCUAGGCGAAGUUGUUUCGUCCGCAAAUCCCGAUUCGGUUAACACUAUUAUCGAAAAAACCAACGAUAUCGCCAAAGAAAAAUCCGUGGCGUCGGUUGAUAAGUCCAAAGAAAUGGGCGAUCCUGAAUAUAAUCAAAAAACGCUCGAAUGUUCCUACGAAGAGAACACUCUACCUUCUAGAUUUGAUAAUCCAAUUUACGGUAUCCUAGGUGAAAAUAUUUCGGCCACUGAUUUUGAUACUUCUGUCAAUAUUGGCGGAGAAACGAGUGGUAUCGCCGUAACAAACGUCCAAGCACCACUCGCUGAGACCAAAGAAACGAAUGAUUGCCCUGUUAAUUAUGACAAACUGCUUAAACACGACAAUGACGCGAGCACUUUACCUAUGAAUUGUGAUAGAGCAAUAGAGACGGUCCAACACGCAAAUAUUUUCCCGACUAGUUCUGAUUCUGCUGUCAGUAUUCCCAUGGAAACAAAUAAUCUCUCUAUAUCAAACUUAGAGGCGCCAGUUAAUCAUACGAUUGGAAUGAAUGAUUCACCUGGAAAAGUAGAAAAAUUGCUUGAUCAAUUUGAUGGAGCGUGUAGUUUAUCUCCGAGCUCUGACAUAUCACUUCAGACGGUACAAGAGUCUGGUGUUUCAUCUGCUAAUCCCGUUACCGGAUUCGAGGCUUUCGCAAGUGGCAGAAAUUUGCCUGAAAGCUCCACUGAUGUGGUUGAUGUGUCUGACAAUUCAAAGGGCCCAACUUUGCGAAAAAAAGUUCAAUUCUCAACAGGGGAUGAAACUGUAGAAAUAUCUAGUCAGUUGGAGACUUCGGUCAGCCUGGGAGAUCAUGCAUUCACCCAGAUGCAAGGGGAUCUGGAUAGGCAACGACUUCUUGGUGAAAGACCACUCGCCGACCCACUAGCCGACAUUAUGCUGAAGCAAAUGCAACACAAAGAACGGUACGAGCGUCUUUUGCGACGAGCUAAGACGGAAGAUUUAACCGAAGUAUCCGGGAUUGGUUGUCUUUAUCAGAGCGGCGUUGACCGACACGGUCGUCCGGUGGUUAUCUUCGUUGGAAAAUGGUUUCCAUUCACCAAAAUCAAUCUCGACAAGGCAUUGUUGUAUUUGAUCCAACUGCUGGACCCCAUCGUUAAGGGAGACUACGUUAUCGCAUACUUCCAUACAUUAACGACGAGCAACAAUUAUCCUGGUCUACAUUGGCUGAGAGAAGUUUACAACGUUCUUCCUUACAAAUACAAAAAGAAUCUGAAACAAUUUUACAUCAUACAUCCAACAUUCUGGACAAAGAUGAUGACUUGGUGGUUCACCACGUUCAUGGCACCAGCAAUUAAGCAGAAAGUUCACAACUUACCCGGCGUCGAAUACCUGUACGAAGUAAUGUCACCGGAUCAAUUAGAAAUACCAGCCUACAUCACGGAAUACGACAUGACGAUAAAUGGCUUGCGUUAUUAUCAACCGGAACAAACGGCACAACCGUCAACGUAACUCAUAGCGAAUCGGCAUGAGGAAUCUUUCUUAAAGUUCUACGUCGUCACAUCCAGUUCAUCGUUAUUUGAUGGACAUAAUACGCGUUUUGAAAUAACAUAUUAAUUUUUCUGAAUACGUAUAUCGACCCGACCGCUAUAGACAUACCAUAUAACGCACCAGCGUUUCCAGUACGCUUAGUAAAUAGUUUUAAUAUAGCUACACUGAUAAUAAGGUGAUAUAGUGGGCUUAGAUGCGACGAAAUAUAUUCAUUAUUUUUAUUCUUGUUAUUAAAUACCUUUUAUUUCAGGUGAGUUACUUACCCUAUUAUAGUAGACGAGAGACUGAUUGUCCGAUUGACUGACUGACCGUAGUAAUAAUUACGCGUCAGUUGAAAGUAAGAAAAUCAUUCAAAAAAGCGUUUUGUCGAGUCAUGCGAUAUUAUUUUAUAAUUUUGUUACGUAGAAAAUGAAUAAUCAGUUCAAUCAGUAUCCGAAAAUGAACGGACGUCUUAUCAAGUGUUUCCACAGUAUACUUUCCGAUAGAUAAAAGUAAUUUGAAAUUAAUGAAAAAACAAAUCAGAACCUUUAUAAAUAUUUAAUGAGCUUUCGGCGAAUUUGAUGCGGAGAGCUUUAAUUCUCGACUAUGGAGCAAAUUUUCAUUGAUUCUGUUAGCCCGUAUUUCUUUAAAAAUUGAAUUGAUCGGACUUAUUCAUCGGUGUAAAAGGGUACCGAAAAUUGAAAAUUUUUUUUGUAGUAAAUUGUAGAUAGAAGAUGAAAUCGUAUGGUUGAAUACCCGCUAUUAUCGCAGUAGAGUGUGUUGAAAAAUUAUAAGAAAUAAUGACGAGGGGAUCGAGACUCCGUGUAUCUAUGAAGUUCUUGAAACUGGCGUUGUUAAAGUUAUCAAAAUUGAAAAUAACCGACAGUGCGAGUGACACUUUGUCAAAAAGUACCUAACUUUAACUAGUUUUAAGUAUACCAGCGUGAAUAUAGGUCCGUACUAAAAUAACACUACUAAAAAAAAAAAAGAGAAAAAAUGUAUGGAAAUAUUAAUUUCUUUACGACGUGGAUUAUAUUUUCGAGUGUUCGAUUACGUGAGCAAUUAAGCUCUGCGUGAGAAUCGAUAUUGUUAAUCCAUGGUAUCCAGUUGUCGCCAGUUUGUUGUAUAAAAACGAGAUGAAAAAAAAACAUUGGCUGCCAAAACACCAAUAAUCAGUAUUUAAAAUAUUUCGUAUAAAACAAAAAAUUAAGAGAAUACUAUUCAAACUCUUCAUAUAUUCUAUACAUAAAUACGCGUGUAUGUACAUAGGUAUCUAACAUUAUUUGUAGAGCUAAUUAGUUGUUCAUAAUUGAAUAAAUUAUUAUCAGAUCCGUAGCAACAAUCCCUAUAAUAAAUUGCUGGCUCUUAUUUUCUCAUCGAUAGUUAAUCUGAUCUUCUAUUCUCAGUAUUGCAUCUCUACAUAUAUUACAAAAUGUAAAAUAUAUGUCCUACCUGCAUCGUGAUUGAUAUUUUACCAUAAACUUUGUUAAUGCAGAUCGUGUAAAAGAAUAUUUUUCGAUUGCAAAUAACUGUUGAAGUAUACAAUUACAGAUAGUAAUUGGUUUAUGAUUUUAUAAAGAGUAAGCUAAAUUUUUGUGUAAGAAUUUUAGAAGGAAUGUGAUCGAUAUGAGUAAACAUUUAAACUACCCUUAGAAAUAGUCUUACAACUAGCCAUAAGUCUAGGAAAUAAGUUCGGGUUAGCCUUGCUUGGGCUUAAAAUACGUUUAGGGAAGGUAAAGCAAUAAAUCGUAAAAGCUUUCCUGCUGCAUUAACUCGGUAGAAAUGAACUGUUGAUUGCCAAUAGUUGUUCGCUCUUUAUUUGCAUUUUUUUUUCUACGCCAAAGUAUAAUUGUAUAUCAAUAUUUUAUUAAAAUAUUAUCAUUUUCUAUCUCGAAACUUUGUUUAUCACCACUAUUGGCACAGUGUAUUAUUGCCUUAGUUUACGAAUUCUCAUCGGAGUUACAUAAUUUCAGUUUUCAACACACAUUUGCUACAUGUAAACUGGUAAACUCAACGCUUAAGUAUCGAUCAUUGUUUGGUUAAAGUUAUAUUUAUUUUACAUCAUUCUUUUUGUUAAUUAGAUUUACUAUUAUGCUUAUCGUUAUUUUGUAGAUCAAAAAAAAGAUAUAUAUUGUAUACCCACAUAACAUAUUCAUAUACAUAUUAUUCCUACAAAGAAAAAGAAACAAAAAUAUAUACAUACAUAUAAUUUUGAAAUAUAAUAUUUUUAGGAUAUGUCUUUUUAUUAUUUGUGUUCAUUGACUCAUAUUAUUUCCUCGUUUUAUUCUAGAGCUUACAAAGACUUGAAUCGUAUUCAAGAAACGGGGUAAACGAUCUUGUGAUGAAAUUACAAAGUUUUAGGUACAGGCAUUAUGUAGAUACCUUGAAUUUUUAAAAAUUGUCACGCGUUUGCCGGAUUCACGGGGGAAUAAAAUAAUUUACGUAACAGACUUUGUGUGAAUCGCGAUGUCUCCUUUGGUGUAGCAUGAUAAUCAGAAAUGCACACAGCUAUGCGUUAUCGCAAGUUCGCAUACUUUUCUAUUUCCCGGGAACUCGAUUGAUAACGCGAAUUGAUCAUUGCCUAUAAUUUUUUCGAAAUUUUUUUUAUGUAGUCUACAUUAUGAUGAAAGUUGCCUGCAUCUUCGUAUUCUAUAUUAUAGAGCAAGAAGGUAAUAAUCAUAUCAGUAGUCGUUUUCAUCUCUGUAAAUCAUCGUUCGAUGCUAUUAUCGUCAUUAUUUUAUACCACGUAGAAUUAUGAAAGACGUCUACAGUCAAUUCUUUGUUCACUUCUGUUUAUCUGACAAUGAAAUGAAAAAUAUUUCUGCUACACUAAAGUAGCGUUUAUAU